CGUGGAGACGGAGCUAGCGGUGUGGAUGCCUAGACGCGCUAAGGCUGGGCCUUUUCUGUCCGUCUGGGGAAGAGGCUCACCGAACCAACUCCCAAGAUGAUGCUCUCAAGGGCCAAGCCUGCUGUGGGCGGGGACCUACCGCACACUGGCAAGAGAAAGAAGAAAGGUAGGAAGAUUCCAAAACUAGAGGAGCUACUUUCACAAAGGGAUUUCACUGGAGCUAUUACCCUAUUGGAGUUCAAACGUCAUGUUGGAGAACAAGAAGAGGACACUAACUUGUGGAUCGGAUACUGUGCUUUUCACCUGGGGGACUACAAGAGAGCUUUGGAGGAAUAUGAAAAUGCAACAAAAGAGGAAAAUUGCAAUCCUGAAGUCUGGGUGAACCUAGCCUGUACCUACUUUUUUCUUGGAAUGUAUAAACAAGCCGAAGCAGCUGGAUUUAAAGCUCCCAAAAGCCGACUUCAAAAUCGCCUCCUCUUCCACUUGGCUCAUAAGUUUAAUGAUGAGAAGAAGUUGAUGAACUUCCAUCAGAAUCUUCAGGAUAUCACAGAAGAUCAACUCAGUUUGGCCUCAAUCCACUACAUGCGAUCUCACUACCAAGAAGCCAUUGAUAUUUAUAAAAGAAUACUGCUAGAUAACAGGGAAUACCUUGCCCUCAAUGUGUAUGUGGCCCUGUGUUACUACAAGUUGGAUUACUAUGAUGUGUCCCAGGAAGUUCUGGCAGUUUACCUUCAGCAAAUUCCUGAUAGCACCAUCGCACUCAAUCUUAAGGCCUGUAACCAUUUUCGCCUUUACAACGGCAAAGCAGCUGAGGCAGAACUCAAAAGCUUGAUGGACAGCGCUUCUUCUUCCUUUGAAUUUGCCAAAGAACUCAUCAGGCACAAUCUGGUUGUUUUCCGAGGAGGUGAAGGGGCUUUGCAGGUUUUGCCUCCCCUGGUUGAUGUCAUUCCUGAAGCUCGGUUAAAUUUAGUGAUUUACUAUCUUCGUCAAGAUGAUGUGCAAGAAGCUUAUAACUUAAUUAAGGAUCUGGAACCUACUACUCCUCAGGAGUAUAUCCUCAAGGGAGUGGUCAAUGCGGCCCUUGGCCAGGAAAUGGGUUCGAGGGACCAUAUUAAGAUCGCCCAGCAGUUCUUCCAGCUGGUGGGAGGGUCAGCGAGUGAGUGUGAUACAAUACCUGGGAGGCAGUGCAUGGCUUCCUGCUUCUUUCUGCUGAAGCAAUUCGAUGAUGUCUUGAUUUACCUCAACUCUUUUAAGAGUUACUUCUACAAUGAUGACAUCUUUAACUUUAAUUACGCCCAAGCCAAAGCUGCAACAGGCAACACCAGCGAGGGUGAAGAGGUUUUUCUUUUAAUCCAAAGUGAGAAGAUGAAAAAUGAUUACGUUUACCUUAGUUGGUUAGCUCGGUGCUAUAUAAUGAAUAAGAAACCAAGACUGGCCUGGGAACUGUAUCUCAAGAUGGAAACUUCUGGCGAGUCCUUUAGCCUCUUACAGCUCAUUGCUAAUGACUGCUACAAGAUGGGCCAGUUCUACUAUUCUGCCAAAGCGUUUGACGUCUUAGAGAGGCUGGAUCCUAACCCUGAAUAUUGGGAAGGCAAGAGGGGUGCCUGUGUGGGCAUUUUCCAGAUGAUCUUAGCUGGACGAGAACCCAAAGAGACCCUUCGAGAAGUACUCCAUUUACUGAGAAGCACAGGGAACACCCAGGUGGAGUACAUCAUCCGGAUCAUGAAGAAAUGGGCCAAAGAAAACAGAGUGCCUGUCUAAAGGAGCCCCCGAGGCCUAACCGGUCACCACUUUGCUCUAUUUUUUUGACAUUUCCUUCCUUGCUCUUUGAGCCUCAAGAUGGGUGACUGACUCGCUGAGACCCAGCCUCCCGGCUGAACUGAGCCCCGUGGUCCGGGCUGUGGCCCCGUGUGCGAUCCGACGCGCAGUAAGGCUUUGGACUCGCCUGGUGCUUUUCUUCCAGAAAUCCUCAGAGAACUCUUAUGUAACUUGCUGACUUUAAGGAAAAUGGCAUUAUUUUUUUAAUAUUGGCAUUCCAUGGCAUUUCCCUGAGCUGCAAUAACCAACGCCCUUCCUGCCCAAGAGCCACCGUCAGCCUGUCCUCUCCGUGUUAGUCAUCUGCAGGGUGUCCCAUUUCCCCGGGGCAUUCCGUAAAGAAUUUCGUCACGCUUUCUGGGUCUUAGGAGAGCGCAGGGUGUAAACACGAUAUGAUCCGAAGAGGGGCAGGAAGACCCUUUAUCAGACCGUCCAGUCAUUACUAGAUAAUGGACCUCGGGGAUUACCCUUGCGGUAAUUUUGAUGAUAAACAAAUAACCUGUUAUUUAUCAUCAAAUAAACAGAGGUGUUGCAGCUGUUUAAAAGGUGCACACUAUGAAAAAAGUCUGUGGGGUACACUUAAAAGUAUUCAGGAAGUAGUGUGCAAAUCUCAUUAGUCAUGUCUCUGUUAUAUUUUAGGGAACUAAACAGGUUAAGAAUCUUUUUCGUAUAUUUUGCUGAAGAAGCAUCAGUUUUGAAUGCAGGGCUACAAUAUAUAUGCAGUGUGGCCGCUUCUUAACGUAAUGGUGACAAAGCACAGGUUGUGCAGGGCCCUUUGGGGGGCCUCCGAGUAGCUGGACCCCAAGUCAUAUUCUAGCCCCAUGUUUCUGAGCUCUUGUAACAUAGACCUGUCCUACAACCGAGCACUUUUAGACUCACACCUGAUUUUCAGAAAAUAGACAUACAUGUUUUUAUGUAGCAAAUUACCUUUGUUUCUACCCUGUGUAUUUUGUUUCUGUUAGCUCAAGGUGCCCAGCAUUGCAGGUGUAGAAAGUGCAGAGCCAUUCCUCCCCCACCUGAGAACUCUGUCCUAAGCAGCCGGCAGACAGUGCGUGUUGUUUGUCCCUGCGUCCCCGCCCGGCUGGGGCUGAGCAAGGAGGAGGUGGGAACACACAGGGGGGCUGCAGGUGGCCCUCGCCGUCCGCGUCCGGACACUUGAAGUUCUUUCGUAUCUUAGACCCACGUCAGAUCAGUUUGGAGCACAGGUCAAACUAGACUGGCCCGAACAACUGCAUUUUAGAAAACAAAAUUAUAUCAUUUCUCAUAUGCCAAAGGCUC